AUGGCUUCUCCAACCAAAAUAUGGAUCACGCCAGAGAACACAGGCGUAUUCAGUACUGCGAAUUUGAGCUUGGCAUCCGCACGCAAAGUUAGUGAGGUUCUUCAACAUGAUAUGGAAAAUCACCAUCUCUAUCUCAACGAGAUCCAAUUCCAUGAUCACAUUGUGCAUUUCAUGCUCACAAUCUGGGCUCUCGGGGCGUCUCCUGAAACUAUCCAGCUUCAGUAUGAGCGAGAGGACAAGCGUCAGCGUCCUGCUUAUCCACGGGACGAAAGUACCAUUGCAUCUUUCUCUGACAAAAGCGAAUUUAUGAAGUAUAUGUUCCAAGAGGAACACUACUCCAAUUAUCUUGCCUUUUUCCAGCGCGAGAUUGCUGCUAAGGGUGUUCCAGCUGUCAUGAAAGAAUACUUGUUUAGUGGUGACAAGCUCGCUGAAUCAGUGCUUUCCCGGAUGUUUGCAGGUCUUGUUCACCCGAUUAUUCAUCUUGGCUUCGGCAUCGAAUUUCAGCAGCCUGCGAUUGUUGCGCAGGCUUUUGCACAGGCCUCAGUCCAUCAAGACUAUCUGGGUGAUCAGUUCUUCAACCCUGCUUCAGUUACUGCGGCAGCCAGCCCAAAUUCCGCGAAAUCUAUUAUGCAGAUCAUGAAAGAGAUGCGUACCGACGACUUGGUCAGGAAUGGGUCUGCACACGGGGACACAGAUGCUUUUGGAGAUGGCAUCCUCACGCGGGCCAGGGAAAGGGUUAUUCACUAUUGCAGCAAGUGGUCUGUACCAGAGGACAAGAUACCCGAAAAGCUUGCAGAGAUGAUCAAUACGGCGAUCUAUUGGACCGCCACGGCCCAGAACCCGGAAAAGGAGUUAAAGCUGGAUUUUUUCUUUAUCCAUGCUGUUAAUCUCUCCAUUUUCUUCAAGGCUUUCAUGGAUCUACCGUAUAUUGAAACGGCUGCGAAGAGUCGGCUUAUAGAAAUGAAAGGCCGAAUGGAUCUUUUGAUCUGGGCAUCCCGAAAGAUGCCAGAACCAAACGACGACGACAUCUUAAACUAUCCAAUCCAUUUGGGCUGGCCUGAGGUCUUUUCAAAGAGUUACCUUCAUCCUUCGGAUGAUGGCCAUUUGGCAAAAUUUGUCCGUACCGUCGCUUUUGCCGAGCAGUUGAGUCGUCCUCUUGAGACGAAGCUCAGGAGUGAUAGCCUUCCCGUUUCUGGAGAUAUGUGGCUGAAGAUUGGGAAUAUGGCUGUCGAUACCGCGGGUGUUAUCUAUUGGGAUAUCUGGGUCCGGGGGGCUGGAUUUUCCGAGGCUUGGACGAAGUUUGGACCUCGGAGAUAG